AUGAAACUUUUGCCGUUUUGCACUUGGCUUCCAUGCCUUUUGAUUUUUAGCUUGUGCUUUGGAUCUGAGUGCGGGACUCUGAGGCGGACGGUAAGAUCUAAAAGAGACUUGGUGCGCAUCAGGGAAGCUAGAAGUACCUUACCAGGAGCCUGUGCCACACGCUUGCCUCGGGGCAAACGUUCUCUGCCCGGGAUAGAUCGGCGUUCGCCUCGCCUCCAUCCUCGCUUUUCUGUGACAGGCGAGAACACUUCAUACCGGCGAAGGACUGUUUACUUUACCGGUAGAGGAGAUCAACUACGUCUUAAACCAAGUGUGGAGGUACCGCGGGGCAAUUUUACCCUGGAAAUGUGGAUAAAACCAGAGGGUGGUCAGCGCUCUCCAACUGUUAUCGCAGGGCUGUAUGAUAAAUGUUUCUAUGUGACCUGUGACCGAGGCUGGCGACUUGGCAUCAGACCAGUGAGCGAUCAAGGCAACAGGGACCCUCGUUUCUACUUCUCCCUAAAAACAGACAGAGCCCACAAAGUCACCACCAUCAUCUCCAAUGCCCCCUACGCACCAAACCACUGGUACCACCUGGCCAUCACCUACAAUGGCCUCCGCAUGAAGCUCUACGUGAACGGGGCUCAGGUGGCCGUGAGUCGGGACCAGUCUGGUGAGGUGUUCAGUCCGCUCACCAAAAAGUGCAAGGUGCUCAUGGUGGGUGGCAAUGCCCUCAACCACAACUACCGAGGAACACUGGAGCACCUUAGUUUAUGGAGGAGAGCCCUGACCCAGCGCGAGAUUGUCAGCUAUGUGCAGAGUCACGAGCGUGACCAUCCAUAUGACCUCUCUUACUUGGUAAUUCACGAGAACUUUGAGAACACGUCCCGCAAGUGGCUGACGGUGAAAGACGGGAGCUUCCCACAGGUUGGCGUCUCGGAUCGGGCAUGGUCAGGCUACCUGGGCACCUCCGCCAGUACCACGCUCCUUCCACCGCCAUGCGGUCAGACCAUCUGUGACAAUGUGCAAGUGAUAACGAGUUACAACCACUUCUGGAGCUUCCGCGAACCCAAGAUGGUGCGCUACCGGCUGGUCAACGUGUACGAUGAUGACGGCCGGAGGCCCACGGUCACCGAGCACCAGAUCAACCUCCAGCACCAGCACCUCAAUAAUGCCUUCCGCACGUACAAUAUCACCUGGGAGCGCACGGUCCACAACAUCUACAACUCCUCCCUCCGUGACCGCCUCAUUCUCGCCAACUGUGAUGUCAGCAAAGUGGGUGAUGAGGAGUGCGACCUAGAAUGCAACCACACGCUAACGGGCUUCGAUGCCGGCUACUGCAGGAGGCAGACCACAAGCUGUCCAAAACACAAACAGGGGAACGGGGUUUGUGACCCCGAGUGCAACUGGGAUCAUUUCUACUACGACCAUGGGGACUGCUGCAAUCCCAAUGUCACUGACGUCACCAAAACAUGCUUUAACCAUACUUCACCGUACAGGGCCUACCUGGAUGUGAAGGAGCUGAAGGAGAUCCUGCACCUGGAUGGCUCCACACACCUCAAUGUCUUCUUUGCCAACUCCUCUGAUGAGGAUCUGGCAGGAGUGGCCACGUGGCCUUGGGAUAAAGAGGCCUUAACACAUUUAGGUGGCAUCGUGCUGAACCCCUUAUUCUACGGAACCUUCGGCCAUACGCAUACUAUGAUCCACGAGAUCGGCCACAGCCUCGGACUGUACCACGUUUUCAAGGGGAUUUCAGAAGUAGAGUCAUGCAACGACGCCUGUCUGGAAACAGAGCCCUCGUUAGAAACUGGAGACCUGUGUGCAGAUACAAAUCCCACACCAAAGUACAAAUACUGCAGAGACCCAGAGCCUGUAAAUGAUACUUGUGGACAAUGUUACUUCAAGCACACACCGUAUAGAAAUUAUAUGAGCUAUGCAGAUGAUGACUGCACAGAUUCCUUUACACCAAACCAGGUGGCUCGCAUGCACUGUUACCUAGAUCUGGUCUACCAUUCCUGGAGGCCAGACAGUAAGCCAGCACCGGUCCCACUGCCUCCACGCCUGAAGAAACAGGAGCACGACUCCUUCACGCUGGAGUGGUUUCCUGCCCUUACUGGACAGUACUUCGACAGAGAAGUGGGAUCAAUAUGCGAUAGAUGCACUGAAGGCCAGGUGCUCCUACAGUACGCUUCGAACUCAUCUUCACUGAGACCCUGCACUCCGUCAGGCCAUUGGAGCCCCCGCGAGGCAGAGGGGGCGCCGGACGUGGAGCAGGUCUGUGAACCAAGCGUGCGCACAUGGAGCCCCAAUGCUGGGCUGGACUCGACCAGUGUGGGGUCGGCCUCCUGCCCCCCACAGGGCUGCAUGCUGCAGUUGGACUUCGCCCACCCGCUGGUGCCCGACUCUCUCACCAUAUGGGUCACCUUCUUCUUGGCGGAGGAGGGCAACGCGGCCACCCUGCAAAACGUCCUCUUGCUGACGCUGAGCGGCAACAACGUGUCACUGGGUCCGCAGACCGCCUACUGCGACACGGCGCUCACGAUCAAGCUCUCCGUGGAUGAAGAGGUGUACGGCGUGCAGUUCUUCACCAUGGAGCAGCACCUGGAGAUUGACGCCACGCUCAUGGUCUCCAGGCCCGGCACCAUGCUCUGCUGGCCAUGCCAGCCACUGCGCUACAGACUGAUGCGGGACCCGCCUUUCAGCCACGCUCCUCAUGGUGUUGUUCUUACAGACGCCACCAGGAGAUAUACAGACAGGGAUGUGAAGUCUGGUGAAACAUACACCUACCAUGUUCUGACUGUGUCCAAGACAACAGAGAGUGAGCCCUCUCCCCCGCUCAUACAUCAGCUGGGAUCAGCCUAUUGUGGAGACGGACUCAUCCAAAAAUAUCUGGGAGAACAGUGUGAUGACAUGAAUUUUUCCAAUGGGGAUGGAUGCUCCAACCAAUGCAAGAAAGAACCUUUAUUUAACUGUGUUGAUGAACCCAGCAUGUGCUACUUCUAUGACGGCGAUGGCGUGUGUGAGGACUUUGAACGUGAGACAAGUGUGAGAGACUGUGGGCUCUACACACCCACUGGGUACCUUGAUCAGUGGGCCACAGCCGUGGAGGUCUCCAAUGAACACAGGGUGUACUGUCCUGCAGAGGUGGCUGUUGGGUAUCCUGCUGUGACAAAGAGCUGCCAGUCUAAGGUAUUUGACCUCUCUGAUGGUGUAUCUCAGUAUGCCUGGUUUCCAUGUGAAGAGGCAGGGCACGUGUGGAAUGGCCAGUACAGGUUAAAGGCGCACUACGAACACCCCAUGGUAGCUGCAGCUGUCAUUAUCCACCUGGCCGCAGACGGAACGGCCUACAGUGAUCAGACCCAGGGCAACGUCACCGUCCAGCUGGUGGACACCAAGGAGCAAAUCCACAAACUUGGUGAAUGGAGGCUGAGUUGCCGGAACAAUCCACUGGUUAUCCCUGUGAGUCACGACCUAAGCACAGCCUUCUACAGGACCAGGGCCAUCGUGGUGAGCUUCCGCUCCACCCUGGUGGCUAUCUCAGGUGUAGGCCUGCGCUCCUUCCAGUACUUUGAUCCCAUCACCAUCAGCGGCUGCCAGAGCAAUGAAAUCUAUAAUCCAAUGGGCAAAAGCUGUGUGCAUUACUCAUGUGAUGCCAUCGACUGCCAGAAUCCUCUGGUCCAAAACGCCGUGAUGAACUGCAGUAGUCAGAGCUACUUCAAUGGCGUACGCUGCACCAUCACCUGCAACCGCGGCUACACCCUCAAAGUCCACCAGGAUGACAUCAUCAUCAAAACACAGUUGGACUCCAGUGCAACCCUCACCUGUGCAGAUGGGAAGUGGAACAAGCAGGUGUCCUGUGAGCCCGUGGAUUGUGGCCGGCCCGACAAGUACCACGUGCACCCGGCCAUUUUCCACUUCUCAGAGGGCACCACCUACGGCAAGAAGUGCACUUUCCAGUGCCGACCACCAGCACAGCUCAUAGGCAACAACAACGUGCUGAGGUGUAUGGAGGACGGAAUGUGGUCCUUCCCCGAGGCCCUGUGUGAGCUGCGCUGCCCCGCCCCUCCCGCCGUGCCUCACGCCAUGCUGCAGACCCGCCGCUGCAACGCCACGGGCCUCAAGGUCGGCUCCAUCUGCAAGUACAAGUGCAGGCCCGGUUACCACGUCCCCAGCGCAGACAGCUCCCGAAGGCGGGCAUUCACACGGCAGUGCACGGAGGAUGGAAGCUGGCAGGUGGUGGCCUGCAUACCCGUGACAUGCCAGCCGCCUCCGCCCGUUUUCCACGGCAGCUACCAGUGCACCAAUGGCUUCCAGUUCAACAGCGAGUGCUGGCUGACCUGCCCUGCCCCCAACCACACGGUGGACUUUACAAGUGCGAUCCGUUGUAGGAAGGACGGGAACUGGACUGGCUCUUUCCGCCUCUGUCCCGACCUGAAAGGCCAGUGCCGCUUCCCUCAAAACCUGAACCCCAGCAUCACCAGUGACUGCGCUGGAGAGCACGCCAUCGGAGAGGAGUGUAAGCUGACUUGCAAAGACGGCAGCAGCAGUGUGGUGCUCCUUGCUCACAACAUGACUGUCGACACCGUGAUGACAGACCACUGGAGAAACCCACCAAAAGUAAAGAGUAUUGUAUGCACAAUUGGACUGAACUGGCAUCCCAGCCCUGGGACUCUCCAUUGCAUUAAAGGUUGUGAGCCCUUCAUGGGUGAUAACUACUGUGAUGCCAUCAACAACCGAGCAUUCUGUAACUACGAUGGUGGAGACUGCUGUCACUCUACUGUUAAAACUAAAAAGGUGAUCCCGUUCCCCUCGUCGUGCGACACCCAGGAAGACUGUGCAUGUCGAGACCCAAAUGCCCAGGAGAACAGCAAAACACUGAGCUACCGCUUGCUAGGGUGAGACCUGGGCCACCAGAAUGCAAGCAAACAAGCAAGCAAGCAAACAAGCAAGAAAGCAAACAAACAAACAAACAUUCCUUUCCAUGCUGCUUACAAGAGGGCCAAUCCACUCACACCAUCCUCUGACAUGCUCACUGGCGCAUUCUCGCCUCUCCCCCAUCCAACGAUGCCUACCCACCAAGUAUAGCAUCCCAGAAACAUAUGAUACAAUGCAACAACAUACACAAGGUUCAGACACAAAUAAAAAGGGGAGGUAGAUCUUUUUGUUUGUUUUAGGAACCAGCGCA